CAUGUAUCCGUCAGAUCGGAACAUUUUUUUUUCAUUCCUGUCACAUCAUAAAGUAAAAAGUAACACGAAAACGCGAUAACACCGAUAUCAUCAUCUCACAGUCAAUUUGAUCAAAAUGCAAAGAAAUCUAAGAAAUUUGGGUUCAAUUGUGUCCAAGUCGACACUUGGUUUCCAAAAUCAUGCAGGCGUUUUGAGUGCGCUUAGUGUACGUACGUACGCUAGCUCUCAUGAGGCUGAAGUUGUUGUCAUUGGAUCUGGUCCUGGAGGAUAUGUGGCUGCCAUUAAAGCAGCCCAACUCGGUUUUAAGACGAUUAGUGUGGAAAAAGAACCCACACUUGGUGGAACAUGUUUAAAUGUUGGAUGCAUUCCAUCGAAAGCCUUGCUAAACAAUUCCCACUACUAUCACAUGGUCCAUUCAGGCGAUUUGGCAAGUCGUGGUGUGGUAACAAGUGGCCUGCAACUCGAUUUGGAGAAAUUAAUGGGUGAAAAAUCCAAGGCAGUAAAAUCAUUGACUGGUGGAAUUGCCCAAUUGUUUAAGAAAAAUAAGAUCGACGUUGUACGUGGCCAUGGCACAAUAACUGGACCCAAUGAAGUAUCUGUUCAAACUGCUGAUGGUACGGAAACAAUCAAAGCGACAAACAUAUUGAUUGCUUCCGGUUCAGAGGUUACACCGUUUCCGGGGAUCGAGAUCGAUGAAGAACGAAUUGUUUCGAGCACUGGAGCUCUUGCAUUGAGGGAAGUGCCCCGAAAAAUGGUUGUUAUUGGCGCUGGUGUUAUUGGCUUGGAAUUAGGUUCUGUUUGGUCACGAUUGGGCGCUGAAGUUAUUGCUGUAGACUUUUUGGAUGUCAUUGGUGGUGUCGGUAUGGACGGUGAAGUAGCCAAAUCCUUCCAGAAAAUUCUGACCAAACAAGGACUUCAAUUCAAAUUGGGAUACAAAGUGACUGGAGCGUCUCGAUCGGGAAAUAAUGUGUCAGUGAGCGUAGAGAAGAAGGAUGGUACCGGACAAGAGCAGAUCGAUGCCGAUGUUGUCUUAGUGUCAGUAGGUCGUCGGCCCUACACUCAAAAUCUUGGCCUCGAAUCGGUCGGCAUCGUUAAAGAUGAUAAGGGAAGAAUUCCAGUGAACGGACAGUUCCAAACGAUAAUUCCCAGCAUUUACGCAAUCGGUGACGUUAUUCAUGGUCCGAUGUUGGCUCACAAAGCCGAAGACGAGGGUAUUAUUUGUGUAGAGGGCAUGAAAGGUGGACACGUCCACAUUGAUUACAACUGCGUUCCUAGCGUUGUCUAUACACAUCCCGAAGUAGCAUGGGUCGGCAAAUCGGAAGAAACUCUGAAAGCCGAAGGCGUCGAAUACAAAGUUGGCAAAUUUCCAUUUAUGGCGAAUUCAAGAGCAAAAACGAACAACGACACAGACGGAUUUGUCAAAGUAUUAGCUGACAAGGCCACAGAUCGAAUUCUUGGUACACAUUUGAUUGGACCGGCUGCCGGAGAAUUGGUCAAUGAAGCGGUUUUGGCCAUGGAGUAUGGUGCUUCUGCAGAAGAUGUUGCCAGAGUUUGUCAUGCUCAUCCGACAUGUUCCGAAGCUCUACGUGAAGCUAAUCUAGCUGCAUAUUUCGGCAAGCCCAUCAACUUUUAGGCACCUAGUCUACCCUACAUUCAUCCAUUUUGUUCCAGUCACUUUUGAUUUUAACUUCGCCUUCUCAAUGAUUCGCCAAGUCGCAAUAACUUUUUAGACAAAACAGUGUACAUAAUGUCAGUGAACAAAACGAUCCGGUUGGAAUGAUCAUCUCCAUAAUCCAUCAGUGAGAAUGCUGAUGAUGUCUCUUUUUGAUUUUGUUUAUUGUGUUGGAGAUUAAUCUCAAUUCAAAAUGUAAUUUUGAUUUGGGUCGAUUAAUUUAAUCGAUUAAAUUAUAUAAAACGAAUUUAAGUA